AUGGCACUUGUGAGAGCAGCUCAGCAAACCUCCUCUAAUUCUCGAUAUUCUCGUUAUCACGUGUUUCUGAGUUUCAGAGGAGAAGACACUCGCAAGAAUUUCACUGACCACCUCUGUAGGGCGUUUGUCAACGCAGGAUUCCGCACUUUCCGAGACAACGAUGAACUUGAGAGAGGAGAAGAUAUCAAGACCGAACUGCAGAAAGCAAUCAAACAGUCACGAACUUCUGUUAUUGUUUUCUCGAAAGACUACGCGUCAUCCCCAUGGUGCCUUGACGAGCUUUUGAUGAUCCUUGAACGCAAGAGGAUUUCAGCUGACCAUGUCAUUUUGCCUGUCUUCUACGAUGUGGAUCCAUCCCAUGUGAGGAAGCAGACAGGAAGUCUUGCAAAGGCAUUUGCUAGGCACCAAAAAACUCAACCGCUGCAGAAGGUGACGGCAUGGAGGGAGGCACUUGCAGAGGUUGCUUGUCUUGCAGGCAUGGUCUUGCAAAAUCAAGCUGAUGGGUAUGAGUCCAAGUUUAUCGAGAAAAUAAUUAAGGUUAUUGGAGACAAACUAAGUCGCACACCCUUAAGUGUUGCCCCCAACAUGAUUGGAAUGCAAUCUCGAGUGGAAAAUAUCAACUUAUGGUUGCAGCAAGGAUCAACCGAUGUUGGCAUACUUGUAAUUUAUGGGAUAAGUGGAAUAGGGAAGACAACCAUAGCAAAGUAUGUUUAUAAUUCAAACUUUCGAAGAUUCAAAGGCAGCAGCUUCCUUGAAAACAUCAAAGAAAUUUCACAGCAACCCAAUGGCUUAGUUCAAAUACAAACACAACUUCUUUAUGAUAUUUUGAAUGGGAGAAAAGUGAAAAUACACAGUGUUAGUCAAGGAGUAACUGAGAUUGAAGAUGCCAUAAGUUCUAAACGGGUUCUCCUUGUUCUCGAUGAUGUGGAUCAUGAGGACCAAUUAGAUGCACUACUUCGGAUGAAAGAUCACUUUUGUCCAGGAAGUAAAAUCAUCAUAACAACUAGGCGUGCAAGAUUAAAGACUCAUCUAGUUACUGAGGUACAUGCAGUUGAAUCUUUGGAUCAAAACGAAUCAUUGGAGCUCUUUAGUUGGCACGCUUUUGGCCAGAACCAUCCAGUUGAAGAUCACAUAGAAUAUUCGAAAAAAAUAGUGGAUCAUUGUCAAGGUCUUCCAUUAGCACUUAAAGUUUUAGGUUCAUCUUUGUUGGGGGUAAGCAUAGAUGUAUGGAAAAGUGCAUUCGAGAAGUUAGAAGCUAUUCCAAAUGGUGAAAUAAUAAAUAAGCUAAGAGUAAGCUACGACUCUUUGCAAGAUGAUAAUGACCAAAACGUAUUCCUCCAUAUUUCUUGUUUCCUUAUUGGAAAGGACAAAGAUUACAUUGUUAAAAUACUAGACGGAUGUGAGUUCUUUACAAAUAUUGCCAUUCAAAAUCUCAUUGAUAGAUGUUUGGUGACAAUCGAUAGUUGUGACAAGGUCCAAAUGCAUGACUUGAUUCGUGGAAUGGGAAGAGAAAUUGUUCGUCUAGAGUCAAAGGAGCCUUGGAAACGCAGUAGAGUAUGGCGCCUUAAGGAUUCCUUCAAAAUCCUGACAGAAAAGAAUGUAAGAAACAUGUGUUAUAUGGUACAGGAACAAUUGAAGUGUCUGCCGUUAUUGAAGAUCCUUGAUCUCCGCCAUUGUGAUAGCCUUACUAAUGCUACUGACUUCUCAUGUUGCCCCAGUCUGGAGAAAUUGAUUCUCUUAGAUUGUGAAAGCCUGGUUGAGGUCAACGAAUCCAUUGGAAACCUAGAGAGACUUGUUUACUUGAGUUUGAGGGACUGCAAAAAUCUUAAGAUGCUUCCUAAGAACAUCCUCAUGCUGAAAUUACUUGAAACACUUAUUGUAUCUGGUUGCACAAAUCUUAAUGAGUUAUCACUUGAGAUGUUGAGGAACAUGGAAUCUCUGAGAGUGCUUGAGACAGAUGAAAUUCCGAUAGGUGAUGAACUCUGGCCAGGAAGAAGUUCACGUAUCUUGAGUUCCUUGCCAUGCUCUUUAGUAUACUUAAGUCUCCAGGAUUGCAGUCUUUCAGAUGAUUCCUUCCCUAGGGAUUUUAAUAAUCUAUCCUCUUUGCAAAGACUAAAUCUGGGGAACAAUCCAAUUCGUAGCCUACCAAAUUGCAUCCAAGGUUUAAGGGGGCUGAGUGAACUCUCUUUUUGGGAAUGUAGGAGGCUCAAAUCCCUUGUGGGGUUACCAAGAGUAGGCAACCUGAAUGUGGAAUGUUGUGUAUUAUUGAAGAAAAUAGCAUAUCAAUCCGGUCAAUUCCGAAAACACGGUACCAAGUGCUUUUACAAUGACAACCUAGUUGAAUGGGAGAAUAACUACAAGCUAGAGCCCAUUGGAAGAGUUGAUGUAGAAAUUAUCAACCUUUUGGGCUUGUGCAAAUUGGAAUCCAUGGCACCCAUUCGGAUUCGAAAACCAUACCAGUCACAAAUUGAUGAUGAUCGUUGUCCCGUCCAGGGACUGUACGAACGUGGUAUAUUCAGCACAUUUUUUGCUGGGAAUGAGGUUCCAGGCCAGUUCAGCCACAAAAGUACAAAGUCAUCAAUAUCUUUUGUUGUGCCUUUACUUCCUAAUCACAGAAUCGGAGGCUUGAAGGUCUUUGCUGUCUAUACAAAACAGGCCAAUGAUUCUCCUUGGGCUUUACCUGGGCCAUUGAUUACUAGAGUCAGAAAUAAGAGCAAGGGUCUGAAGUGGAUAUAUGCCCCUUCACACUGCGGCAUUCCUGCUGAAGGAGAAGACAUGAUAUGGUUAAGCCAUUGGAAGUUGGAGGAGGAGGUUCACUUAGAUGGUGGCGAUGAAGUGCUUGUUUCCGUAAUUAUGGAACCUUGGCUUCAGGUAAAGGAGUUCGGCAUCCAGCUUUUGCAGCCGCUGCAAGAAGAGAGUCAUAAUAAUAUGACGAGUGCCCAACACAAAACCAUUGAUCCGUAUUAUGCUGCAUGUGCCACGAGUGGAGAUUCGGAUGAAUAUAAGCCAGGAGUAUACUUGCUCUCGCGCAGAAGUGUUCCAAUAAAAGAUCCGAUUUGGUUCAAUAAGAUCCUUGGGGACUCUGAUGAAGAAGACAAAGAAGAAGAGCAACAGGAUGGUCAUACAAUUGCAGCAGCCAAGACCGACGGCAAUAUUAACUCCAGAGGCCUCCUCUGUGGCUGGAAGGUGCUCCUCACCGCCGUUUGCUUCUUUCUCACGCUUCUCUUAUCACUCCUCUUCUUCACUUUCUCACAAAAAGAAGGGAUAGUCUAA